AUGAAACAUACUAUGGUUAAUAUGAUCUCCAUGUUUACAUUAAUGGUUUUGUUCGCAAUUCAAUUACAAUCAAUGAAAAUUAAUGCCGAAAGUACCGAUGAUAUGAAUUUUGAAAAGAAAGCUUAUCAUUUCUUUCGAUUGAAAAAAUCAGACCAAUGUCUAAGUAUUCCAUAUAGUAUUAAACAAAUGAUUCUUAGAGAACCUUCUAUUUUAUGCCCAGAAGAUCGUGGAUUCCUUGGAUUAUAA